UUCUUAAAUACGUUAAUGUGAACUACAAAGACGACUCUGUCCUCCCCCCCCUUCUCUCUCUCAGAGAACUCAACUGUCUUGCCAUUGAUAAAUAUAAGCACUUGCACAUGUAUAUAUGUACAUACAUGGAAAAGAGAGAGGGUUCAGGUGGGUGUGUUCCAAGACCUGUUUGUUUCUUGUAAGAGCAGGGAGUCCAGUUUGGAGCUCAAGAUUAUAGUACAACUUGAAAGUUUUUUUUUAAAAAAAAAAACCAUUGGUGAUUUGAUUUGCAAGAAGCAAAACUCAGAUUCCUUUUCAUUUCGGCUUCUGGAUCCAGGACUCGUGUGAUCUAUUGAAGGAACUGCUUGAUCUGGGACGCCAUCCAUUGCCUUUAGGAUACUAUUUAUAUUGAUGAGAAAAUUGAAUUCCCCCCAUUAGGAACUUUGAUAUUUUUCAUUUUUCUGAAGCCCCCUUUGCAAUGUCUCUGCUGUCAAAAUUACGCUGCAUCACUGUGGAUGUCACUGGUACACUCAUAGCUUACAAAGGUGAGCUUGGUGACUACUAUUGUAUGGCAGCAAAAUCCGUUGGCCUGCCAUGCCCUGACUACAAACGUAUGCAUGAGGGCUUCAAACUUGCAUACACAGAAAUGGCCAAAAAGUACCCAUGUUUUGGGCAUGCUGCAAAAUUGCCUACUAUUGUCUGGUGGAAAACAUGUGUGAGAAAUUCUUUCAUCAAGGCUGGAUAUGAUUAUGAUGAAGAGACAUUUGAGAAGAUCUUUAGGCGUAUAUAUGCAUCCUUUGGUUCAUCUGCACCUUAUAGUGUUUUUCCAGACUCCCAACCUUUCCUUCGAUGGGCUCGUGGAGAGGGUCUUCUUGUUGGGCUUGUUAGUAAUGCUGAAUACCGUUAUCAGGAUGUGAUUCUUCCAGCCUUGGGUUUGGAGCAGGGAUCCGAGUGGGACUUUGGUGUAUUCUCCGGUCUAGAAGGGGUGGAGAAACCAGACCCGAGGAUUUAUAAGAUUGCCCUUGAGAGGGCUGGAAAAAUUGCACCAAUUGCACCAGAAGUAACUCUGCACAUCGGGGAUAGCAUGCGCAAGGACUACUUGCCAGCAAAGAGUGUGGGGAUGCAAGCAUUGCUGCUGGAUAGGUUUAAGACACCUGAUGCGGUGGAGUGGAAAAAAUCUGGUGCAACUGUGCUUCCUGACUUGGCCGCAGUACAGGAAUUUCUUACUUCAGGGAAUAAGUUAACCUGUUAAGAACAGAUUUCUCUCCCCAGGCAGCUGUUAUAUGUCUAAUUUCCUCCCAUCAUCCAUGAAAAAGCUUUUGAAACUAUUAUAAAAGACGAAUUAUAGGCAAAUUUAUGAUGAGUCCUAUGGUUGUUUGCAA